UCAAACGAUAACGGUCAAGGACGUGCGUUCUCCGUCAGAUUCCGAAAACAGCGUAGGGAUGGAGUCAUGAGCAGAAAAACCACCACCGUCACGACGACCAUCACACUUCUCUGCGAUCGUAUACUCCAAUUUCUCCCCUCUCUUAACCCCAAAAAGCUCCAUAUUGAACAGUAAUACUGAGUUUUGCAGGCGUUAUCAUCAGUACUUUAGGAUUGGGCUUGGACAUUAAACAACAUGAAUUACCUUAUUGGAGCUUUCAAGCCAGCCUGUAAUAUCUCCAUCACAUUUACUGAUGGGAAAACUCGUAAGCAGGUUCCGAUGAAGAAGGAAAAUGGUCAGACUGUUAUGGUUCCACUUUUCCAAAGUCAAGAAAAUAUUGCUGGAAAGAUUUCAAUAGAGCCACUUCAAGGGAAGAGGGUUGAACACAAUGGCAUCAAAGUUGAGCUUCUUGGUCAAAUUGAGAUGUAUUUUGACAGAGGCAAUUUUUAUGACUUUACUUCCCUUGUGCGUGAAUUGGAUAUUCCUGGAGAAAUAUAUGAAAGAAAAACAUACCCAUUUGAGUUUUCUACGGUAGAAAUGCCUUACGAGACAUAUAACGGGGUGAAUGUGAGGCUUAGGUAUGUUUUGAAAGUGACCAUCAGUCGUGGUUAUGCAGGAAGCAUCAUUGAAAACCAGGACUUUAUGGUUUGCAACUAUUCUCCACCUCCAUCAAUCAACAAUAGCAUCAAGAUGGAAGUCGGAAUUGAAGAUUGCCUACAUAUUGAGUUUGAGUACAAUAAAAGCAAGUACCAUCUCAAAGAUGUGAUCAUUGGCAAGAUAUAUUUUCUUCUUGUAAGAAUCAAGAUAAAGAAUAUGGAUCUUGAGAUAAGGCGCCGAGAAUCAACAGGAGCAGGGGCCAAUACACAUGUUGAAACAGAGACACUAGCAAAAUUUGAGUUGAUGGACGGAGCUCCAGUCAGAGGUGAAUCAAUUCCAAUCAGACUCUUCCUUAGCCCUUAUGAACUGACACCAACACACCGCAACAUUAACAACAAAUUCAGUGUGAAGUAUUAUUUAAACCUUGUCCUGGUUGAUGAAGAGGAUCGACGCUACUUUAAGCAGCAAGAAAUUACAAUAUACAGGUUGCAGGACAAUUCCUGAUUAAGCAUAUCAUCCCAUUCCCAUGAGAAGAGUCUAGAAGAUAAUUGCAUUGUGACACAUUGUAAAAUCUUAAAGAUUAAAGAUUUAAAUUGUUGGAGCAAGGGUCCUGUUUCUUGGAUCGGUCUCGAAUGUCUUUGUAUACUUGCACAGUCAUUGCCUUGACUUUACAACUGCUGAAAUUAUGUAAAUUCGCAAAGUAUGGGUUGUGAAAGAUCUGGAUUUUCUUUUACGAUUAAACAGCUGAUUAUGACUUGC